AUGACAAGGAGAAGCGUUGAAGAGGAGGGCGAGGGCUAUGCCUUCUUUCACAUAGGAGAACACCCAGUUGACCAGGUUCUGUUCGAGGACACUGGAGAUUGCGCUAGCCCCGAUCUUCUCAGAACAGAACAGACUAUUGCCGUUGGUGAUCUACACCUCCAGAAGGAGGACCAAACCAAAGAUGAUUCUGACUCCUCCUUCCAGACUAUACCAUUACCCGAGGCUGAUCAGAGGGGGAAACCAGUGGCCAAACCCAGUACCUCCAUCAAAAUGGAGCCAAAAGCCGAAACAUUCCCCCUGCUAGAAGCGAAGAUGGGAAGCUUCUUAGAGGUAGAUUCUCCAGACCCGACUAUAGCUGAACUCCAGAUGUUUACCACCACUGCUCUUGUCACCCGCUCUGUUGGCACCCCUAGUGUCCUGCAAGGGUAUGACACCUCGGCAGGGUAUGACACCUCAGUGGCACCCCCUAGUGUCCUGCAAGGGUAUGACACCUCGUCAGGGUCUAACACCUCAGUGGCACCCCCUAGUGUCCUGGCAGGGUCUGACACCUCUACUGUCCUGGAAGGGUCUGACACCUCUAGUGUCCUGGAAGGGUCUGACACCUCAGUUGCACCCUGUAGUGUCCUGGGAGGGUCCUACACUACAGCAGACACUGUGGCUAAGGAUGAAAGCAGUUUCAAAUCAAAGAUACCCAUCAAAGCCGGUUCAAUGAAAUCAGACCUCGGCCUUGAGCAGAAAUCAACAGUGGAGGAAUCCCUUGUUCAGGACCGGAGGACGAGGUCCGAGGAGGAUUUUGGAGCCGGGAAGAAAAUCUUAACUGACAAAGACAGCAGGAGUCACUCCGACAGCGACCAUCCUGCAACUGAAUCCAAACCUCUCACCUCCAGACUCCCUGUCAAACACAAACCCACAGCCCACUCCUCCUCCUCCUCCUCCUCCUCUUCCCAGCCCGACAGAGACCAGGGCUCUGACGUACGAGAGAUUUCCCUCCGAUCCUCUCUGGAUGUCGACGACAUCAGCAGCAGUGGUGAUCACAACAGUCCAGAUUCUGUUAUCUUCAAGUAUGACAGACCAACGCCCGCAGAUCUGCCCCGGACACGAGGGCGUUGUCGACUCAGGCACGGGUUCGAGCUUCCUCGGUGACGGGGAGGUGUUUGAGUCGAGACCCAUCUGGGAAGACUCAGUAGAAACUCAGAUGCAGCGAAUCUGGGAUGAUCGGACAACGGAGCGGAAGCAAGUGGAUUGGCACGACGAUGCAGACAGGAAAGAGGAGACGUUGGCUAUCGUUGCAGACCUGCUGGGGUUCAGCUGGACAG